AUGGGGCACCGGCUGCUGGGUGGGGGAGCCCGCGAUCGGCCCCAGGGCUGGGCAGGGGGCUCGGGGACCCUCCCGGGGCGGAUCCGUCCCCCCGGCCCGAGCCCCAAAUUCCGCUCCGGGGCCACCGGGCUCUGCGGGUCCGCCUGGCAACCGGAAGGGAAAUCUCAGUGUAGCUGUCAAAAAGGUGACAGGAAUGAAGAGAAAAAUGAUUGUGGACAGACCUUGAGCCAGAGUUCCGAGCUGGUGGCCCAUGAGCAGAUUCAUGAUAAGGACAAGACCCACAAGUGCUUGGAGUGUGGGAAGAGCUUCAGGAAGAUCCUCACCCUGCUCUGUCACCAGAUGAUCCACACUGGGGAAUGGCCCUACAAAUGUGAGGAAUGUGGGAAGGGCUUCAGCUACAGGUCAGAUCUCAUCAGGCACCAAUGCAUCCACACUGGGGAGAGGCCCUACGAGUGUGGGGAAUGUGGGAUGGGCUUCAGCUGCGGCUGCACACUCGUCAAGCACCAACGCAUCCACACUGGGGAGAGGCCCUACCAGUGCCCCACAUGUGGGAAGAAGUUUCUGACCAGCUCAAAUCUCCAUCUGCAUGAGCGGAUUCACACAGAGGAGAGGCCCUUCCGGUGCCCUGAAUGUGGGAUGGGCUUCAAGCAAAAGUCCACCCUCGUCAGGCACCAAUGCAUCCACACUGGGGAGAGGCCCUACCAGUGGCCCACAUGUGGGAAGAGGUUUCAGACCAGCUCAAAUCUCCAUCUGCAUGAGCGGAUUCACACAGAGGAGAGGCCCUUCCGCUGCCCUGACUGUGGGAAGGGCUUCAAGCACAACUCCACCCUCAUCACCCACCGGCGCAUCCACACCGGGGAGAGGCCCUUCGAGUGUUCCCAGUGUGGGAAGAGCUUCACCACCAGCUCUGCCUUGACCCAACACCAACAGAGCCACCAGUAA